AUGAAUCUUAUAUAUCUUGUCCAUCUCCUAUCUGCAAAAACAUCGGAUGGAUAGAUAAUAAAAACUGUCGGAAAUAUUUUAAUUGUACUGUUUGCAAUUACAGAUGUUUAUUUACAAAAUCAUGUCCUAACUGUAAAUCUAGGAUUUAAAAAUAUGGAGGUUGCAGAGAACUAACUUGUAGUCAAUGCAAACACUCUUUUUGCUGGAAUUGUAAGUCUUAAACCCAUACGGAUUUUGAUAUAAUAUGUUUUAUGA